AUGACGUCGCAAGGAGGCUCCGAAGAUGAGAGAGAGCCACUCCUCACCAAGCCCUCCAGCCCCAAUGAAAAUCAAUCUGCGCUCGGAUCAUUAUGGCUUCAAUUCCGGAAACCAUCUGUUACUUGGCUACUGCCUAUGUAUACUUUGUAUUCAAUCACCGCUGGCAGCUUGAUCAUUCCGGAAUUCAAUGCCACGCUGGGACUGAUUUGCCAUCAGCGACAUUCCCCAGACAACAGCAAUUUUCAAUUUGCCAUGGAACAGUGUGACGGGAAUACGGAAGUGCAAUCUGACUUGUCGCAGUUCUACAUCUAUGGGCAAGUGAUUUCUGGUAUUCUGGGCGCCAUUGCGGGCCCCAAUCUCAUGGGCUUCUCCGAUAAGAUUGGCCGCAAACCCAUCCUAGUAUUCAGUGUCCUAGGACCAUUGAUAGCUGACAUCAUCGUACUUGCUGCUUUGUAUUAUCCCGAUGAAGUCGAUGUGAAAUAUCUUCUCGUCGGAUAUGCCAUGGAUGGUCUCAGCGGUUCUAUCAUCACUGCGACCACUGCUGCGCAGGCUUACAUAUCGGACAUCAGUACGUCAGAGAAUCGCGCAUCGAGCUUCAGCUACAUCCAAGCAGCUUUUAUGAGCGCCCUGGCACUCGGUCCAAUGAUAGCUGGUGGCUUGCUCAGUGUGUUUGAUUCUCUGAUCCAUGCGUAUUGGAUCGCAUUUGCUAUCCAUUUGUCGCUGAUAGUGCUUUUUGCUCUGGUGUUGCCUGAAUCUCUCCAGUCGACAACAGAGUCUCAAAAUACCGAGGAAAACACAAAACCCCGGAGCAAACCAGAGGCUGAGCCGGGUUUCUUCGAGGUUAUCUCUUCUGCUCGCACUCUCAUUCCAUCGGAUAGAUCGUCCCGAGUGAACAUGUUGGUUCUCGCGAUCACAGAGGCAGCCGUAUUCGGAGUUAGUAUGGGACUCACCCCCUUGCAACUGGCCUAUUCUGCAUAUAUGUUCCAUUGGAGAUCAUCUGCCCAAAGCGCAUUCCUUACCGGCGUCAAUCUUUGGAGUAUAUUGGUUCUUGUCGCCAUCGCCCCGCUUUUCAUGUCAUUCAUUAAAAGGCGCCAACAACCUGGGGGCCAUCCUGAAGGUCAGCCCCAAUCCGCCUUUGGUCCUGGGGAGCUGGGCGGAAUACGUACCUAUCUUUUCUUGCAAACUGUGGGAUAUAUCACCAUCGCAGCUUUCGACUCCCCUCUCGGCGUCAUUGCUGGCUCGCUCAUUGCAGGGACUGGUGCUCCCCUUUCACCUGUAAUGACGUCUUGCUUGACUGGUAUGGUUUCAGAGGAGCGCCAGGGAGUGCUUCUGGGUGCAGUCAACUUCCUGCACGCAAUUUUCCGAAUCCUUAUGCCAACUGCAAUGAACUAUGUAUAUGGUUCCACAGUUGCGACGCAGCCUUAUACUCUCUUUGGUCUCCUAGGAGUUCUCACCGGAAUUUUCCUAGUUGCCAGUAUGUUUAUCGGACGCAAGAGCCUCGCUCCUCCGAGGGCCCAGUCAACCAAGUAG